GAAAUCAAACGUAUCAUAUCAUAUGAUAUUCAGCCAUGUUUUUUGACAGCACCACGGCCGUCAGCACGCCGUUAUUCGUCGAGGUCUGUUAGUGUUGUGUCCACUGUCCAGUGGAGCUGUAUCAUAUAGAAACGCAGGGAUGCUGAGGCCCGCGUGUGGAAUGCGCGCGUUGUACAGAGCGACAGAGCAGCUUGGAUACAGAGCGUCACAGAGAGCGUGAACGCGCAUAAGACAGAGAGGGGGCGAGAGAGAUGGGCAUUGGGCAAUCAAAAACCUCACAGCAUCUCUUUCGUGGCAAAAGCUCCCGGAAUCACGGGGAACCGACAGCGGAGCCGGUGAGCGCUAUGACCACCUCCAGUAGCCGGAGUCAGACGCUCGAGAUGCCGAUAGAUUAAACUCGAGACUUAAGUGCUAAAGUCAACGCGUUAAAUCGGCGUUUGUUGCCGGAAAACCGAAAUAAAUCACGUCAAAUACGUUUAAAUGGAAAGAGAGAGUUGUUUAGACUCAUGCAGGGGGAAAACAAGUCAUAGAAGUGAAUUCGUUUUUGUCGUUUAAUUUUCCCCAUUUGCUCUAUGAUGACAGAAGCUGGCGGUCGUUUCCAAACAAGCUUUUCAACGGACAAAUCCAACUAACGUUAGACUUCAUUUACGUAGACGUUCUGUUGAUCGAGCGGCGUGCGUACAAGAUUUCUCACUUUUAAGAUCGUUUCACCUGAAUCUGUUUUAUCUGGGUGUUGUCGGGAUAAACCGUGAAACAUUUCCUGCUGUUGUCGGGCAGCGGAGAAUCUUUUGGCUUAUUCCGAGCUCAGGAUGAUGGAAUUGCGCUGAGCAACGACUGAGAAAACGAGGAAAUACCCACACAUCUCCUAUAUAGCCUACAGACGUCGGAUUUCUGACUGCUACUCAUUCCCAGGAUCUGCAAUCAUCUGCGUGACCUCUUUAACUGACCCCAUGAGGACGGCUGAGGGAGAUGGAACGUAACAGACUUUUCUUCUUUACUUACUGCGGCAUUACCACGAUAACCCUCCAGGGCUGAGCACAACCUCUGCCCCUCAUCCACCCCAACCCUUCCACAGUCCCCCCAUUCCUGUCCUCCCUCUUGCUCCCUGAAAGACCAAAACAAGCCAGCAGGAUCACUUUUUCCUCUUUUGUUAUAAUAGUAAUUUCCUUUGUCCUUCACCCAUGAAAAAGCAAAGCAUAGGUCAAUAAACCAGCGAAGUGAAGAAGGAGAAAACAAGGCAGUCAUGUAUCUGCCCCAUGCUUGUAAACGUAACUUGGGCCAUGCCCGCAAUUCGGAGGCCAUCCAUGCAAGUACUGUCCUCUGGUUGGCAAUGUGGAUCACCUUGACAUCGUGUCAACGCAUUGAUCCCGGCGCUAAAUAUCCCACCGUCACCACAAACUACGGCAAGUUGCGUGGGAUUAAAAAAGAGCUUAACAACGAGAUUUUGGGUCCUGUGGAACAGUACCUUGGCGUCCCCUAUGCUACGGCGCCGAUCGGAGACCGUCGUUUUCAGCCACCUGAAGCUCCUGGGUCCUGGCAGGAAGUGCGGAACGCUACACAGUUCGCCCCUGUUUGCCCACAGAAUGUGCAUGGUGUUUUGCCCGAGAUCAUGCUGCCUGUGUGGUUUACCGAUAACUUAGACGUGGCCGCCACCUACAUUCAGAAUCAGAGCGAAGACUGUCUCUACCUCAACAUCUAUGUGCCCACAGAGGAUGGUCCACUCACAAAAAAACAUGAUGAAUCAACACUGAACCGGCCACGAGAUGAAGACAUCCGUGACCGCAGGAAGAAACCAGUCAUGCUCUUCAUUCACGGCGGCUCUUAUAUGGAAGGAACCGGAAACAUGUUUGACGCCAGUGUUCUUGCGGCAUAUGGGAACGUCAUUGUAGUCACCAUGAACUAUAGGCUGGGAGUUCUGGGUUUUCUUAGCACAGGAGACCAGUCUGCUAAAGGGAACUAUGGUCUGCUGGAUCAAAUCCAGGCCUUGCGUUGGCUGAAAGAGAAUAUUGGACACUUCGGUGGUGACCCUGAAAGGAUCACUAUCUUUGGCUCUGGGGCUGGAGCAUCUUGUGUCAACCUACUCAUCCUGUCCCACCACUCUGAGGGCCUGUUUCAGAGAGCCAUUGCUCAGAGUGGUACAGCCAUCUCCAGCUGGUCCAUUAGCUACCAGCCCUUGAAGUACACUAAGAUUCUGGCCCGUAAAGUGGGAUGCACAUAUGGGGAGACCGCAGAAAUGGUGGACUGUCUCCGCAGGAAAAAUUUCAGAGAGUUAGUGGAUCAGGACAUCCAGCCGGCCCGCUACCAUAUUGCAUUUGGACCUGUGAUGGACGGAGAUGUUGUGCCAGAUGACCCCGAGAUCCUGAUGCAGCAGGGGGAGUUCUUGAACUACGAUCUUCUGAUUGGUGUAAAUCAAGGGGAGGGGCUGAAGUUUGUGGAUGAUGGGGGCACUGAGAGUGAAGAGGGCAUUUCAGCUGCAGCUUUUGACUACACCAUCUCCAACUUUGUCGAUAACCUCUACGGAUACCCUAAAGGUAAAGACAUCCUGAGGGAGACUAUUAAGUUCAUGUACACAGACUGGGCAGACCGAGACAAUGGAGAGAUGCGGCGCAAGACUCUCCUGGCAUUAUUCACUGAUCACCAGUGGGUGGCGCCAGCCGUCGCUACUGCCAAGCUCCACGCGGAUUACCAGUCUCCCGUCUACUUCUACACCUUCUAUCACCACUGCCAGACUGAGACUCGACCCGAAUGGGCAGACGCUGCACACGGAGAUGAGAUCCCAUAUGUGUUUGGUGUGCCCAUGAUUGGAGCAACAGACCUCUUCCCUUGCAACUUUUCCAAAAAUGAUGUCAUGCUUAGCGCUGUGGUGAUGACAUACUGGACCAACUUUGCCAAGACCGGGGAUCCCAACUUGCCUGUUCCUCAGGACACCAAGUUCAUCCACACCAAGCCAAACCGCUUUGAGGAAGUGAUCUGGACCAAGUUCAACUCUAAAGACAAGCAGUAUCUCCACAUUGGCCUGAAGCCUCGCGUCCGGGACAACUACCGAGCAAAUAAGGUUGCCUUCUGGCUGGAACUGGUUCCUCACCUCCACAACCUUCACGAGGAGGUCUUCAGCACCGCCACAACCCGGCUGCCUCCAGGAACCGCCCGUACCCCACACAGGAAGGGACAGGUACCCCGUACGACACGCCAUCCCAUCCCAACCUUCCCUACAGAAUCAGACCCAGAUGGGUCAGAGCCCCCUCGAUUCCCUCCCUUCCCAGGCGACACCCGGGACUACUCAACGGAACUGAGUGUGACGGUAGCUGUUGGCGCAUCGCUCCUCUUCCUCAACAUCCUUGCCUUCGCCGCACUUUACUACAAACGUGACAAACGGCAUGAGAUGCGACGGCACCGCUUAUCCCCUCAACGAGGCAUCCCUGCUAAUGACUUAGCACACAGCCAAGAGGAAGAGAUCAUGUCCCUGCAAAUGAAGCACUCGGAGCACGACGCCCACCACGACAUGGAGCCAUUGCGACCCCAUGAUAUUUUACGCCCCGCAUGCCCACCCGACUACACACUGGCACUGAGGCGGGCGCCCGACGAUGUUCCACUCAUGACCCCUAAUACUAUCACCAUGAUUCCUAGCACCAUCACCGGCAUGCAACCCCUCCAUGCCUUCAACACAUUCCCUACAACCACCGGCCACAACAACACCUUACCCCACCCUCACUCCACCACCCGUGUAUAGUAGAGCCCCCAAACGAGAGGACUAGCUCUCAUCCCAAUCCAGUUUUCUCUCUCUGUCCACCUUUUCAAGCUCCUAAAUGUAAGAUGCUCUCAGUUCAGCUGCCUAGAGCAGUGACAAUGCAUCCUGUUGGCGUUCUCAUAGACACAGUCAAAGGUUUUGUAGAAGUUGUGCACACUAGAGGAACUCUGUUUAUGGACUCUACGGUGAGCAACAGAUUCGGUCGGCAGUGACUCGUAACUUGCUGUUUGUUUUUCCACAUUGUUCUUGAAGAAAAGGGGGCAUCAGUGAUUGACAGUGAUGACAUUUUCCCACUUUUCUUCUUUCACUAAAUUGGCAAAGUGCAGAUUUCAUCCAUCCUUUUUGUCAUUCUCCUUUGUUGUUCCAUUACCGGCCUAUCACUCUCUGUCCGGAUGUGAUCUGUGUCCUUGGAUUAUGUUUUACAUGAAUCAUAGGGGCAUUCGAUUAAAUGACGGAAGCUGGAUAUGUUGUGUUUACCUGCAGUAUUAAAUCAUACCUUGUAACAAGAGACGAAUUGAGAGAAAAUGACAACGUCUGACAGAAGACGAAAUCAAAAGUGCCAGCCUCCUCUUUCACCUUUUUCUCUCGUUUGUGUCAUUUUAUCACGCAUAUUUGACUUGGCUCUGUGUUGUUUCCUAGGAAGAUUUUUCUAUAUAGAAAUAUAAAGACAAAUAUAUAAAAGAAUGAUAUAAAUAUAUUUACAUGGAUUGCUUGGUGGGAUCUAUGCAUGAAAUAUUUUAAAGCACCGAGAAAGACCCCGAGCUGUAAACUCCCACAGCUUAUUUGCAUUUUUAUUUUUGCUCGCUUAAAAAGCCUACAAUAGCCUUCAAUAGCCCCAGUGGUGUUUUCAUCAGCAUUAGCAAAAGUAACAUCCUCCUCAGUCUGACCACUUUAUAGGAAGGUAUCCUCCCACCACAUCAAGACGGAAAGCUAUCGGCAAUAUUCUUUCAAAUGAUUUUUAACAUUCAUAUGCAGUUGUUGGUGCUAUUAUUUGACCAUCAGCCUUGUAGUGGCUCUAACAGAACCGGGCAGUUGCAUAAAUAUGAUGCUUUUACACCUCAACUUGUCUUUCUCUCUCUGUAGCCUCUCUAGUUCUAUCUCUGUCCUCGCUCUUUCAGUUAAACAUCAUUUGCUUUCUGACAACCAAGUUUAAAAAGCAUCUUUUUGUGUGUGUAUUUGUGCGUGUGCACACAUAAAGCGUGUGUUUUCUAGGAAAUAGCUAGGUCUCCUGUGUAUUUUUGUUUCUGUGAAUGUGUGAGUUAAGAGUAUACGUGACAGAGAGGCACAACAAGAGAGAGAAAAGUAGACUUCUGAGUUAGUUCAAUUCCAAUAACACAAAAUCUGUGGCUCUCUAUCAUUCCUUCAGAAAAACAUACCUGGCUUUGGGCCAUUUUACAUACAAAAUAAUUGUAUGUUGUGCUAUAGGUAAAGACUGGAAGCACCUCAUAACAUCAGUUUGAUGUGUUUAUCCACAUCUCUACAUUAUCUCACAUCUAUCUGCACCACACACCUGACCUUUUUGGUUACGACAAGCACAGCAAAUAGUAGUUGCGGAAAACCAGAUCUAUAUGUAGACAUAUCUUACAGAUAGUUUCUCCACUAUAAGUGUUCAGGUGAAAGAACAAAUGGCUCAGAAUCACUAGAUAGAAUCUGGGGAAUUAACACAGUCACUUAUGUUCUGUUCAUGCCUUGUUAGUCAUAUUUUUCUACCACUGCUGUGUGUCACAGGAGGAUGACCGUUUAAGUCAGGAAAUGUCUCGCUGUUGGUUUAGAUUGCCAGUGUAUUGAGUCUGAGAUGCCCAGGACCAUCAUAACGGAGCAAGAACCAAUGCCAGUAUGCUGCUCGAUGUACUAAAACAUGAACAGGCUUUACAAGCAUUGCAGAGCAAACAUACUGGAGGUUCAGGAUGCCAUGAAAACAGAACUUUAUUCUGCAGUGUGGACUGAAAACAACAACAACUGGACAAUAAACACACUUCAGUUGCAGAUGCAUUCUGGAGACCCGAGAGUGCCGGUUGGACCUGUGGAUAUGUACCAUCUGUGGACUUUUGUGUGGUUGUAAGUAUAACUGAACUCCAUUUUAAACAAACUACGAGGAGUUAACUAGAGCUGCGAACAAAACCACCUCAGUUCUAAUAAUCAAUACUGUAUUAAGAGAUGAGUUCAGACUCUUGUUAUUUCUCACUACUAGAGUGUGAUGUUGUGGUACAUACAGAAUAAAGACUCUACAUCCAUCGCGAGCCAUUCAUUGGGUCUUCAGUUAGGCGUACAGUGAGAGCAGGAUCAAUAGAGAUAAACUGUACAUUUAUACGUGUAAGAACAAAUCAACGGAAAAUAUUUGUAAAUAUUCAGUUACUUGUUUAAUGUUUGGUUUUUAUUUUCUUCGUUUUUUUCUCGUCUAAUGAAAUUUGAAAUACUUUGAGGCCAGGACAACAGGUGCAAGUUCUUAUGCAGCCACCAGCAAAAUUGAUGAAUCUCAUAUGAUAAAUUCACUUUCUGCUGCUUCAUUUAGUUUUGAGAUCUGUGGAUUUGAGAUGAUGUAUUGCUCUUAUAUUUUAGCAUAAUGAGGUUGUGUGUUAUGUAGCAUACCAAUAUCACUUGAAUCAUUAGCUAGUCAUAUUUCUGCACAAGUAUGAUUAGCUGUUCGUUUCAUAUAUAAAGCCUUUGAUAUGGAGAUGAACUGGAAUGUCCAGUUUAUUUAAGCAAAGGAAGCACUGGAAACCAUAGUGGUUAUGAGAAGUUUUUCAUCCGACAUGACCUUGUAGCAUUGAAUUCUUACCAAAAGGUGGUAGAGAUUUUAUGAGACAUCUGAAAUAGGGGAAUGUAUUGUUUUAUGGUCACAUUUAUACACUUAAGUAUACAAGCAUCUAGCAAAAUAACACAGGAUUAGAGAUGGCAUAAAGAGUGCAUGAGGAUCUCAAUAUGUCAAGUCUGAUGGUUUAAAAGUUGCUGAAUAAAUGAAGCACAUGUUAUUACUCCGAGAAAAUGAAUAGAUUCUCCUGGGUCCCAAAGCAAAUUUACACCUGUUGCCCUGUUUUAAUAUACAUGUUCAGAAUCAGAACACCACACUUGAUAAAGAAUAAAAAUGUUAAUAAUGAAUUUUUUUUAAAGAAGGUUAAAAUAUAUAAAUAAAGUGAUGAUAUUUCUCUUUAUUUAGAAGUUAUUACACACUGUAUGCUGUGAUUCUGAUCUGGGGAACAUUAAAGAAAUUCAUAUCCAGA